AUGGCCUCACAAGUCUUGGUCUAUCCACCAUACGUUUAUCAAACCCAGUCAAGUGCCUUUUGUAGUGUGAAGAAACUCAAACUAGAACCAAGCAGUUGCGUGUACCACGAAAGAACCUACCCGCAAAUCUAUGUGAAUGGUAAAAACUUUGGCAUUUCUCCCCACAGGGUUAGUACGUACUUUCAGACUAAAAACCCAUUUGACAGACCUCGAGGACAGAACUUUUUGUUGCAGUCAAAUGCUGUUGCUUUAACAAAUAUUGCAGGUGCUACAAAAGCGUUAGCAGCGCGGGCGCAGCAAGCUCAGUUAGAGGCACCUCGGACUGGGACGCAAGGAAGCCGGUCAGAUAUCCUGGAAGGACCCCAGCGAUGUGGAUUGAAGCGUAAGAGCGAAGAGCUGGAUAAUCAAAACAGCACGAUGCAGAUUGUCGAUGAACUGUCCCUCCUGCCUGCAAUGUUGCAAACCAACAUAGGAAACCCGGUGACGGUUGUGACGACGGCCGCAACUUCAAAACCAAGUGGUACAAGCGGAGAUGGAGAUUACCAGUUAGUACAGCAUGAGGUAUUGUGCUCUGUGAAAAACACUUACGAGGUUCUUGAUUUCCUUGGGCGAGGGACCUUUGGACAAGUGGUGAAGUGCUGGAAAAGGGGGACAAAUGAGAUCGUGGCAAUCAAAAUCUUGAAGAAUCAUCCUUCGUACGCACGCCAAGGACAAAUAGAAGUGAGCAUAUUAGCGAGACUAAGUACUGAAAAUGCUGAUGAAUUUAACUUUGUGAGAGCCUACGAAUGCUUUCAGCAUCGUAACCAUACUUGCCUGGUUUUUGAGAUGUUGGAACAGAAUUUAUACGACUUCCUGAAACAAAACAAAUUCAGCCCUCUGCAACUGAAAGUAAUACGGCCUAUUCUGCAACAGGUGGCCACUGCACUGAAAAAACUAAAAAGUCUGGGUUUAAUCCAUGCUGACCUCAAACCAGAGAACAUUAUGUUGGUGGAUCCUGUUCGGCAGCCUUACCGGGUUAAAGUCAUAGAUUUUGGGUCUGCCAGCCACGUAUCAAAGACUAUUUGUUCAACCUAUUUACAAUCUCGGUAUUACAGAGCACCAGAGAUCAUACUGGGAUUGCCGUUUUGUGAAGCCAUAGACAUGUGGUCGUUAGGGUGUGUGAUUGCAGAGCUGUUUCUUGGAUGGCCACUGUACCCAGGAGCACUGGAAUAUGACCAGAUUCGUUACAUUUCACAGACUCAAGGUUUGCCAGGAGAGCAGUUGUUAAGCAUGGGAACGAAAACUGCAAGAUUUUUCUGUAGAGAAACGGAUGCACCAUAUUCUAGUUGGAGAUUAAAGACAUUGGAAGAGCAUGAGGCAGAGACAGGUAUGAAGUCUAAAGAGGCCAGAAAGUAUAUUUUCAACAGUUUGGAUGACAUAGUGCAUGUGAACAUGGUGAUGGAUUUGGAAGGAAGUGACCUGUUGGCAGAGAAGGCAGAUAGGAGGGAAUUUGUCAGUCUAUUGAAGAAAAUGUUGCUGAUCGAUGCUGAUUUAAGAAUCACUCCAGCUGAGACCCUGAACCAUUCUUUUGUUACUAUGAAGCACCUCCUCGAUUUUCCUCAUAGCAACCAAGUGAAGUCCUGUUUUCAUAUCAUGGAUGUUUGCAGAUCAAAUUUGUACGACUCAAGUAAUCGCAAUAAAACAUCACUUAUGAGACCAGUUGCCUCAGGCAGUGCAGCUAAUCUGACUGCGAGCUUUACCAAAAUUGGUCCAGUAAGAAGUCAGGCAUUAACUGCAUCUGCCCAUUCCGUUUUGCACCAAGGGAUACCGCUGCAGGCAGGAACUGCGCAGUUUGGUUGCAGUGAUGUUUUCCAACAGGCAUUGAUUAUAUGUCCUCCAACUAUUCAAGGAAUUCCAACAAACCAUAGUAAACCCACCAGCUUCUCCCUGAGGGUGGAUAAUGCAGUUCCGUUGGUGACCCAAGCCCACGCAAUUCAGCCAUUACAGAUUCGAGCAGGAAUCCUUUCUCAGACGUGGACAAAUCAGACCCAGCAAAUACUGGUUCCCGCGUGGCAGCAAGUGGCGCCAGUGGCAGCUCCUGCUACAUCUCUGGCCUCUGAUCCUGUGGCUGGCCCACAGAGGCUUGGAGACUGGGGGAAGAUGAUUACCCAGGGCACCCAUUACAAUUCAAUGAUACCGCAGCCUCUUUUAACACAUCAGAUAACCUUGUCUGCCCCUCAGCCAAUUAGUGUGGGCAUUGCACAUGUUGUCUGGCCUCAGCCUGCAGCUACCAAGAGGAACAAACUGUGUCAGAACAGGAGCAAUGUGUUACAAAAUACCAAUAUCCAAAACUCAGCCUUUCUAUCUCCAAAGAUACUUAACCUGAAGGCUGUAAAGAGAAUAAGUUGCAUAGAAGCACAGGACAAUCAUAACUCAGAAGGACAGGAAAGUAACUGUUGUCAAGCGUCGGUCAGGCUGGACCCUGAUUCAUCUCUUUCAACCAAACAGCGCCAGGCUAUCUUCAUUGCCGGUUCCCCCAGCCCAGCAGUCAGCGUGAUCACCAUCAGCAGUGACACAGAUGAAGAUGACAUAGGACGAACACAUUCACUGAGAGAGUGUAAAGGUAGCCUUGACUGCGAAGCCUGCCAGAACACCCUGAACAUUGACCGCGUGUGUUCUCUCAGCAGUCCUGAUAGCACUCUGAGUACCAGCUCCUCGGGACAGUCUAGUCCCUCUCCUUGCAAGAGAUCCAACAGUAUGUCAGAUGACGAACAGGAAAGUGGAUGCGAUACGGUGGAUGGUUCCCCAACUUCAGACUCUUCAGGACACGACAGCCCAUUUGUGGAAAAUGGCUUUGUAGCUAAUACCAAUAAAAACAAGGAAGCAAGAGCAUCGGUUAAUCCUGAAACCAAAUCAGCCCUUUGCACGGUAGUAGUACCACCAAUGAGACUUGAAAACAGGUUACAUCUUGAUGAACAGAUGGUGAAUACAGAUGCUACAUGCCAGCCACUGAAAAAGGGUCGGUCUGUCCUGGGAAGAAUAAACCAGCCUUCUAUUGUAGGAAACCGUCAGCAAAAACUGACAUCAGCAUUCCAUCAGCAACAUAUAAACUUCAGUCAGGUUCAGCACUUUGGAUCUGGGCCGCAGGAAUGGAACGGAAACUACGCUCAUCGGAGGCAGCAGGCUUACAUCCCAGCCGGCGUUGCCGGUCAUGCUUUCUCCCUUCCGCAAGGAAGUCCAACUCACACUACUGUGCACGCGCAUCUCUCUGGAAGUACCCACCUCGGAGCACAGCCUGCUAUUCUUCCGUACCCGUCGUCGGCACCCCUUAGUACUGCUGCCCCCGUUGCCCACCUCCUUGCCUCGCCGUGUACCUCAAGACCCUUGUUGCAACAUCCAGCGUACAAUAUGUCUCAUCCCAGUGGUAUAGUGCACCAAGUUCCAGUUGGCAUAAACCCCCGUCUCUUACCUUCCCCCACCAUUCAUCAGACUCAAUACAAACCAAUUUUCCCACCGCAUUCGUACAUUGCCGCAUCGCCUGCUUACACAGGAUUUCCAUUGAGUCCGACAAAACUCAGCCAGUAUCCGUUCAUGUGAGAACUCAAAUACAGUAUAUUGAGGAAGCUCAAUGAUACAGAAGUUUGAUUUAAGAAGAAACAUGGUAUUUAUUAAAUAUUAGCCAUGGCACAACAGGAAAAUUAUUUUUUUGAUUCAUGUAGACUUGGGUGCAAUUUAAACAACUCUGAGCUUUAAAAAAAACUCACUUUUAAUGUGUUUUGCACAUUUGGUAUAACUUGUCUUUGGUCAUGUUAUCUUCUUAUAUAGUAACUUUAGACAGGUGACUUAUGGGAGCAGAAAUCUGGUUUUGCUCCUGCUAUUUUUUAUAAAAUUGCCUUCUAACUAGUGCAAGACACGUCUACAUUUGGGAAGCCAUUCAGUGUACAGAACUAGAGCAACAGAUGCACAUAUGUCAGCAGUACAGUGUAGAAGUAACUUGUUUGUAUUGCGUAUCUUGGUGUUUAAAUGUUGAGUCACUUAUCUAAAAGUUGAGCUGUUGUUCUUCACAUUGCAUGUGUCUUUUGCAUGGGCAAAAAAAAAAGCCUAAACAUUGCUCUUAAAUGUUGUCCUAAUAAUCUCAGCUGCAUUGUAAACUGUUCCCACACAUAGUGCCUUAAAUAUUUGAGGUUGUUAAUGUUAUUACUUAUAUAUAAAUGUUGAGGACUGCAGCACUUAAAUUCAGAUCUGCUGAUUUUUUGAUAGCGUAAUGCUCAUUUUUGGGUUUCGUGUGGUAUGAUUUUAGUAUUGGGUGUGGUUUCCUUAUUGAGAAGGCAGCAUGUUUUGCUGUAGCCAAAUUUUGCUGUCUUUUUUCCCCCAGAAUGAACUAGCUUCGAGACAAGACUUCAGUAGUGCUUAAGAAAAGUUUGAUUCAGUAGCUAUUGAGUAGUGACACACAACACAGUAUUUCAUACUGGUAAAUGGAACUGCAAUACAACCGAAGUAGUUUAUUUUAAAAGUGUUUGUCUAAUUGGGUAUAAUAAAACGUUUAGAGGUGCGGUAGGCAUGACUGGCUAGCUAAGGAAAGGAAAAGCCAAGUGCUCAUUGAUCCAUGAUGUGGUUUCAUCUUAGCUUGAGCAAACCAUGCAGUAUUUAAUAACUAGUAGCAGAAUAUUUACUGUUGAAGCUUGAAAAGAUGUGAGUUCUUUGUGUGCAAUCUUUCAUUUAUGCAUGGGAGAGAUUUUAGUCUUUUUACAUUAUAGUAUUUGUUUUAGCCUGUUGCGGGUGUUUGCUUAUUUAAUACAUUCCGUCAGGGACGUAAACUACAUGCUUUUUGCAUAAUAUUUUUUCCUUAGGAAGUGUGUCUUUUUCGUUUUUUGUUUGUGUUCGAAUGAAGUUGCUUUUGCAGCACCAAAGACUUAAUCAUCCAUUUCCUAUAAAAGGUAGCUACUUUUUCAUAGACCUCAAGUAUGCUGUAGUGUAGAGAUGGGAUUUACGGAAGGUAUUAAGCUGAGGCUGUGUUUUAGCUUAUGGGCAAGUAAUAAAUUGUAUCAUUUAUCUUGAAUGUAUCAUAGAUAAGCUGCUAUAUAAUGAUUGCCACUUCAGAUAGCUGUGAAAUUAGGUGAUUAACUAGUUCUUUCUUAGCCUUCUAAUUUCUGUACAAGUCUAAUUACAUGAAAUAGAAGCCGGGUUUUGGGUUUGGUUGGUUUUUUUUUUAAUUUUAUUUGUUUUCAUGUUUGAAGUGUCGUAACUACUAUACUGUAAAUGAUGGAAAAUGAUUGCAUAUGUUUUUUUGGGGUGUGUUAUUUGCAUCAGUAUUUUAUCUCCAUUAACUUUGAGCUCAUCACUGCAUAUAAGUGGAUGUAUUGAUGUAAUUUAAUUUUUUUUAAUGUUUUCAUAUUGGCAUUGUGUAGACACUUAAGAAGCUGCAUCUUGCAGGCUUGACUUAACUUUUUUUUAAAACAAAAUCUGGAAUACAAUCCUUGCAAUGUUGACUGGAAUAAGAGUGCAAAGCAUUUGAGUUUAACUCUGUCAAUAAGCUAAUAACUGGUAAUCUUUUUCUUUACUCCACUAACACAAGCAGUGUUUUAUUUAAUGAAUGUCUGAAUGAAAUAAAUGUGCCUACAUUUGAUUUAUUUUUUAAGUAAUAACUAAAAUACAACAGUAUUAGAUCAUUAAAAAAAAUAAAAAUACCAGCAGUACAUUUUUAAUCACACUGAAAAUUAAGAAACCUAACUUUUCCCAAAAGUUUCAGUGUUUUUAGUAAUCGACUCUAUGCAUUUUGUACAAGUGUGUGUAUAUAAAGUAUACAUUAGAAACUAGGAGUAUCCUGAUGAAUUUGAAAUCUUAUCAACGCAUAUCUAAAGCCUAAAUAUAGGGAGGCAAGAAAAUGUUCAAAUUGGAUAUCCACCUCACCACUUCAAACUUGUGCUAUCCGGUCCAGCAGACGGUUUUCUGUUCACUCCCCUGUGUUGGGAAGCGACGUUUUUUUGGUGCUUACUCCAUUGCAGGCAAUGGACACACCAAGAAUCACCAAUGCGAAUGGAGUCAAUGAAUUUUGUAUUGUGAUAACAAAAAAAAAUACUGCAUUUUUUUUCUGGGGCCAUGGGGAUCUUCAUCGGUCUAAUGUAUUUACUGUACUUUCUUUUUACUGUGCUUAAGGUUUUAAGCUAACGUGCUUGUUAAAUUUGACACAGUUAUCUGUAUAUCACAACAGUAUCUUAUCGUA